AGAAGAUUCUUGAAGUUGCUGAACUGACCAGAGACGCCAUUACAGGGGCUGAGAUCUCAGCUGGAAGACAGUUAACAGGAAGAUAUUAAGCACUUUAAUGUGGUGAGUUUUGCUUUUGAAAGACUAUUCUAAGAACAAGAGACUUGGCUGGGUUCGUAUGUCACAAGCAUAGAUGACAUGCAGCUUAUUUUGGGGCUAGGCAAAAGAGACCAGCAGAGAAAUGUUGAAUGUAAUUCUCUGAUGGGGGGGCAGGGAGCCAGGUCGGUAAAUCUGGAGUUUGAACUCCUCUACAUUGGUAUUUGGGAGGUGCAGAAGUUCCUGAGUGACUUGUUUUGAUGGUCCUGCAAACAAAAUGAAAAUACAGCACAGCCACUUAGAUAUAAUGUUAUUGCUCGUUGGAUUGUAUUAAACGACUCUUACUCUCCGUAUGAAGUGUCGUCCCCCCCUACAGUAGAGCAUUCAGAGAAGCAGGUGUGAUGCUGUAGAGAUGACAGUGAGGAGAGAGAGCAGGGAGGGAGGGAGGGAGGGGCUGCUGCGGUCACAGCGAUGCUGGGGGAACCGUCUGCCCGGGUCCGAGCUUCAGGGCUCUCACGCUGUUAAAGUGAGCACGGGUCGUCACCGGGUAUGGCAUCUAGUAUCUAACGAUGGCCGGUUUAACGUUUUAUUUAACGUUUGGCGGACGCACUUAAACUCAAAGAUGCGGUUCUAACAGCACAUUAAUUGAAUGUACAUUGUAAAAUAGAAUUGUGUUUGAAUGAGUAUAUAUUGACUGGAGUAUCAUGAUUGUUUCAUUUUUGAUGACUUAAAAAAAGACAUUCAGAUUACAAAAGCAGCAUAAAAAACGGACGAACGAAAUUUUUAACCGUAAAAAACUGACGAAGUUUUUAAAUAUAAAAAACUGACAAAUCAAUAUUUGAAUCGUGAAAUAAUGACAAAAUAAGUUUUACUCAUAAAGAACUAAUAGAUGAAGUUUUUGACUAAAAAACGGACAAAUGAACAUUUUAACAGUAAAUACUGACGAAUAAAAAAAUUAUACAUAAAAGUGGCUAACAAAGUUUGUAACUGUAAGAAGCUGAUGAACUGAUGUUUUUUAUGGUGAAAAUCUGACAUAGUUUUUAACCGUAUUAAACUGACGAACACAUUUUUUAACCGUGAAAAUAUGAAAAACGAGUCAGAAACUGACAAAAUUUUUAACUGACAUUGAUGCUUACACACAUGCAUAGGGCGAGGUGCUCUUCUUGUAGCCUGUUCCUCAGGUCAGUCUUCACCCAGAAUUGUUGUUACCAACACUCUCUUGCUGCUCAAGGAGCUACGUUGUUACGUUCAGGCUAUGUUACGUUACCCGCGCUACUCGGGCUGUUAGACCGUGUAUGGGGCAUUCUACCAAACAUGUCUAAAAUGCUGUCCCCUGACAAAAACAAACAAAAAAGAUGAAGCAACAAAAAUGUAUUCAGUCAUACCCGGUUGCAAAGGUCUUUUUGUGACCUCUUUAAACCUAAAAUGUUAAAUGAGAUAGAGAUAAGCUAAAAGUAUCAUUCAUACCUAGGUUGGCCUACUUUUUUAUUGGGAAGUGGCUGUCCCCUGCCCAGACCUCUAAAAUUCUACUUAUGUUUUUGAGAUUUUUUUAAGUGUGGUUCCACAGAUUUGUGAUUAAUCCUAAAAAGGAGUUAAAAGAUUUAGAUCUAUUGUGGGAAUAAUUUUUAAAUUAGUUUAAAUAUGCUUGAAAAUGGUGUCCCCACAUUUUAUGUCUUGAUAUGGAACAAUGUAUAUAUAUAUAUAUAUAUAUCGGGGGUCUUCUCACUGAAGAGGGUCCAACAGGAUUUGAUGCGCUCGUUGAUGACUCAAAACAAGUCAAAAAUCACGUUGUGUGUUCUUGUGCUCACACAGUAGAGUAGAAAUGAGAGUAGAAAUCAUUAGUGGCGCAUUGAUUUUAAUGACCAUGUAAAAUUUCAGUAGCGGUGCAUGUAAUUCGGUGUGGUGUGCCAUUGCCGAAUGAAUGUAGGGGAAACGCUGGUGUUUAAGUUUUAUUACACAAGAUUGUAAUACUAUGACUUGGUUUGUAAGUUAUGUGAUUGUAAUACUGUAAUACUGUAAUUUGUAUUUGGUUCUUGUCAGUCUUUCUGCAGUGACAAGAAAUAUUGGCGAGGGAGCAUUCCAGACUUAAAUCUUACAGUGAGGCCUAGCUAAAUAUCCUAACUCUACCCACUACACCUUUAAUAUGAAACAAAUAUCUAUUGUGUCUUUGUGUACUGCAGGGCUACUAACCUUUUGUAACAAGUAGGCCAUAUUGGAUAGUCACUGUGUGUCCCUGGUCAUGCUGAAUAUUUUGUCCAACAAAUAGCUUAUUUACUGUACUGUACUUAAAAAAUGACAGCAGAAACAAAGAGGGAUUUACAAUUUCAUACUUUUUUUCCCACAGAUGUGUGUACAAUGAACUUAAUAAUGAACAUCCCGGAGUCAUCUGUAAGUGAUUAAACACCAAAGCAGCGUCUCCUCCAAGUAUCUUACCAUGUGACACAGCUUUGUGAGAAAAACAGAAGUAUUUAUCCUUCCUGGAAGAUUUUAACAUCUUGAAAGGAACAGGCAAAAACUUGGUGAGUCUUUCAUUUUAAGGCAACUCAAAGAUAAAGAGACAUGGCUGUGAAAACAACUAUUUUUGAAAGGUACCUGAACUGCCACGUGUGUUCAGAGAUUUUCAGAGAUCCUGUGUCUCUGAGCUGCAACCACAGCUUCUGUUCAAGCUGUCUGCAGAAAUUCUGGAAACAAAACAAGAACAAAAACUGUCCCAUCUGUAAGAGGAAAUCUUUAUUGGAUAAUCCAGAAGUUAACCUUACACUGAAGGAACUGGCGGACUCGUUUGUGGGAAGACAAAAAAUUAGAUCACCGAAGGCAGAAAAAGCAGAAAGAAGGGUAAAGGUGGUGUGUAGUAAACAUCGAGAAGAGCCUAAACUGUUCUGUAAAGAUGAAGAUCGAGCUGUGUGUACUGUCUGUGAGUUUUCUCUCCACCAGACUCACACUGUGGUUCCUGUAGAACAAACAGUCAGAGAUCUAAAGGAGCAGCUGAAAUCUGACUUAAAGUCUCUCCAAGACAAGAAGGACAAAUGCAAACAAGUGGAGAAAACAUACAAUGAAGUGAUUCAACACUCCAAGAAGCAGCUGCUGUCCACAGAGAGACAGAUCAGAGCAGAGUUCAACAAGCUCCACCAGUUCCUGAAAAAGGAAGAGGAGUCCAGAUUGGGGGCUCUGAGGGAGGAGGACAUGCAGAAGGAGAGGAUAAUCAUCAGAGAGAUGAAGAGGAUUCAGGAGCAGAUCUCCUCUCUGUCAGACAGUAUCUGUGCUGUUGAAGAAGAGCUGCAGAAACACAACGCGGCCUUCCUCAGCAGUUAUAAAGUCACUCAGAGCAGAGCCAGAGUCCUGAACUCAGAGUCAGAUCCACAGCUGGUCUCAGGAGUGCUGAUAGAUGUGGCCAAACACCUGGGUAACCUGUCCUUCAGAGUCUGGGAGAAGAUGAAGGAGAGGGUCCACUUCAGUCCAGUCGUUCUGGACCCAAACACUGCAAACAGCUGGCUCUAUCUGUCUGAUGAUCUGACCAGUGUGGGACAAGGAGACACAAAGCAGCAGCUUCCUGAUAAUCCAGAGAGACACACCAAAUAUCCUACUGUUCUUGGCUUUAAGGGUUUCAGCUCAGGGAAACACAGCUGGGAGGUGGAGGUGGGAGACCAUCCGGACUGGAUUAUAGGUUUGGCUAAAGAGUCAGUUGACAGGAAGGGAGAGUGUCCUCCUUCACCAGAAUAUGGAUACUGGUGUUUCAAGCAUCACAGUGGAAAAUACACAAAUGGUAUUGGUGAGAGUGUCCAAGUGAAGAAGAGUCUACAGAGGAUCAGAGUCCAGUUGGACUUUGACAGAGGAGAAGUGUCCUUCUAUGACCCCGAAGACAGGACUCACAUCUACACUCACAGAGACACUUUCACUGAGACUGUCUUCCCGUAUUUCAGUAUUGCAAAGUCUGGUGAUGCUAACACUUCCAAGAUCAAAAUUAGUCAAAGGGGGAUUUCUCUGUCAUGUUCAGGUAGGGCGGUCAGGCUGAUUGAUUUAUUCAUGUUUUCAUAGUGGAGGAGGUUUUUGAUCUAUUUACAAAUGAUUAGAGCCAGAGCACCAACAGUGUUAGGACCCUAUUGUAUUUGCUAUUUUUAUUUCAAAUUAUACAAAACAUCCCUAAAAUCUAUAAAAAUUAUACAAUUUUGCAUGCACACCGUCCUGGUGAAAAUUUUAUUGAAAACUAUUGCAAAAGUUUCCUAUAGAGCCCCUUAAGUUUUCAAAAGGCCCUCCUUAUUAACCUUUACUGUGCACAUUUGUUCGUACCCCUACAAAACAGUCUGUUGCACCUAAACCCUUAGACCAACAUGACGUCUGCGAUUUUGAUUUGUACUUAAAAAACAGACUUAUUUUUAGAGAUUUUCUGGGUGUCUGAUUGAACUUACCCAUUUAUCCAAUCAGUGUCAAAUUUGCAGUGUCUUAUGGAAAUGGACAUGAACCUAUUGUCAGUAGGUGUGACAGUGGUGAGCCCUUAAAGUUAGGUGUUUCAACAUAAAACAGGAAGUAGUUUUUUUUGGCGGCGUGUUCCUGUCAAACAGAAAGUUGUAUUUUAAUCUUGUGUUCACACCAAACGCAAGUAAAAACUAUACAUGUAGAGUCAAUGGAAA